CACAUGUGUCAGGAAUUUCUAAAUAAUAAUUUUUUCUUUAGAUCUUUUUACGCCGAAUUCUAAAAUGGGAGUAAUACUGCGGAACCUCCAAAAGCAGGUCCCCCUCCGCCGAGCCCGGCUGCGGAAGGAUGUGGAGACACUGCGGCACAUCCUGGGCAUCCAGAAGUUUGACUUGGGCAUCGUCUGCGUGGAUAACCACAGGAUCCAGCAAAUUAAUAACAUAUACAGAAAGAAAAAUGUGCCAACAGAUGUCCUCUCAUUUCCAUUCUACGAGGACCUGAGGCCUGGUAAGAUGCCCCUCCCCCUUCACAGGGACGAGCAGAACCUCGGGGACAUUUUCCUGGGGGUGGAGUAUGUGAUGAAGCAGUGUCAGGAGGAAUCUCUGGAUCUGCAUGGGACCCUCACUGCUGUCACGGCACAUGGGAUCUGUCACCUGUUAGGCUACAGACACGAGACAGAAGAAGAAUGGACAGAGAUGCUGCAGAGGGAGAACUACAUCCUCAGUGAGUACAACAGACUGACAGGGAGGAGCCUGGAGCCUCUGAUGAAGAGGUGCAGUCAGGACAGGUGACAGCACUCUGGUGCUUCAUUUUGUUUUCACUACCCUGCACCCAUGGACUUGAACCGCCUGGCAGUACACAUACAGUGGCAUGAUGGUGGAUGUCCUUUUCCAACACUGGAUUUGAGUGUUAUUAAAGUGUUUUCAACAUCAAA